AUGGCGGGCGAGGAGGCCACGGAGGGCAGCGGGAGGAGGCACAUGGAUCUAAACCUGCAUGUCGGACUCCCUCCAUUGCCACGGCCUCGAGUCAGGCUAGACACUUCGGCGGCUUCCCCGGCGUUGAUGCCCAACAGUGCUGCGCCAGAAGCUCCAAGAACCAGCGAGCCCGAGGGAUCACUCGCCCCGGCGGCGGCGACCUAUUCUCCGUCGAAUGUGCUCUCCGCCCUGGAGGAGCACCCAAUGCUUGAUCCCGUUGUUUAUUCCUGGCUCGACGGCAACAGUGCCGGCAGUGAAGAGUACACUGAUGCUCCUGAGUCGUCGGCGCCAGCGCCGGUGGAUGGUCUUCUGGUAGCAAGGUCUGUGCGACCUAGCCGGGUGGCUGCUGCUACCGGAAUGGAGAUGGUGAACACAAGCACACUUGGGCAGUCCACUCAAGGGGCUGCUGCAACUGCAAUUGAAGCAGGAGCUCCCGAGCUCCGCUUUCUGAGGGUGAUACAGAUCAGCCAGCAGCACAACAUUGUGAGGCCAGGAUCAGCUAACCUCAGUCAAAGCUCUUUUGAAGCUGCGAGGGGGCAAAAUCCGGAUGGCGGCGACAACUCCAGCUUUGAGUGUAACAUCUGUCUUGAGCUGGCUAGACAACCCGUGGUUACAUCUUGCGGCCACCUCUUCUGCUGGCCAUGCUUGUACCAGUGGCUCCAUGCACAAUCAUCCUCCUUUGAGUGCCCUGUCUGCAAGGGCGAGGUGUUAAAAGGGGAUAUCACUCCGAUAUACGGAAGAGGCGGUGAAGAAGAAGGGGGCUCCACUGCCAAUCCUGACUUGCCGCCCAGGCCGCAAGCACACAGAAGGGAGAGCCUGAGGCGGCAGCUGCAAAUGGCGGGAACGGAGGGGAACGCAAGAGAAAUGGCAAGGGUGCUGAGGCAGAUGUUUCAAAACCAGAACCAGGGUUGGGAUGCAACCCCAGCGGGAGUCGAGACGACUUCGGUUCCUGCAGCCCGGCAAAGGGCUGGCGCUCGGAGACAGCAAAGGCAGGAUAACCAUGCUGCACAGGUGGUUCUUGUAGCUCCUCAGCAGUCAUCGUCUGUGGAACGGCUAUCAACUUCUAGCACUGCAGCUGCUGUAGUGGGCGAGCCUGGGCCAAGUAGUCGGUUAAGAAGGCCUUCGGAGUCUCCAACCAUAAGAAGGACAAGGAGGAGGCCACAGUAG